CGCCAGGCGAGGGGAGCCGCGCUAGGACCCGAGGAGGAAGCGCUGCAGGGAGACGGACGGGGCCUCCAGUGGGUGCUGCCGCGAGCGGCCGGCCGAGGGGCUGGAAAUGAAAGUACAGCGCUCCGGAGCCGCAUGGACGGAGCUGCCAGGGCGGCGGCGCCGGGAGCAGGAUGCGGCCGCCCAGACUGAUGGAGAGGCAGAGACGGAAGGCCGACAUCGAGAAGGGGCUGCAGUUCAUUCAGUCGACACUACCCCUAAAGCAAGAAGAAUAUGAGGCCUUUCUGCUCAAGCUGGUGCAGAACCUGUUUGCCGAGGGCAAUGACCUGUUCCGGGAGAAGGACUCCAAGCAGGCCCUGGUGCAGUACAUGGAGGGGCUGAACGUGGCCGACUACGCCGCCUCCGACCAGGUGUCCCUGCCCCAGGAGCUGCUGUGCAAGCUACAUGUCAACAGGGCCGCCUGCUACUUCACCAUGGGCCUGUAUGAGAAGGCGCUGGAGGACAGCGAGAAGGCGCUGAGCCUGGACGGCGAGAACAUCCGGGCGCUGUUCCGCAAGGCACGUGCCCUCAACGAGCUGGGGCGCCACAAGGAGGCGUAUGAGUGCAGCAGCCGCUGCUCCCUCGCCCUGCCCCACGAUGAAAGUGUAACUCAGCUUGGGCAGGAGCUGGCUCAGAAGCUUGGGCUGCGAGUUCGGAAAGCAUAUAAGAGGCCCCAGGAAUUGGAAACCUUUUCUCUGCUCAGUAACGGCACAGCGGCUGGCAUGGCAGAUCAGGGAACUUCCAAUGGAUUGGGGUCCAUAGAUGACAUCGAAACAGAAAGCGUCAUUUUAAAAGUCCCCCUCACAGAAGUACUGCUUACGCCAGAGGCAGGACAUGUAGGGACUGAGCCAGGCCCAUCAGGGACUCACUGUGGGACUGAAGGACCCUCUCCCGCCCUGUGUGGCCUUCCUCCACCAAGACCGAGCCUCCGCCAGUGGGGCCAGGCCAGCGGCACAGACUGCUACGUGGACCUGCGAGGCUCCCCAGCCCCCCUCCCCUCCCUCCCCACGAUGCCCCUCUUCCCUCACGUUCUGGACUUGCUGGCCCCCCUGGACAGCAGCAGCAGGGCCCUCCCCAGCACCGAGGGCCUGGACGACUUCUCCGACGGGGACGUCUUUGGUCCUGAACUGGACAGCCUCCUGGACUCACUGUCUCUGGUCCAGGGCGGCCUGCCUGGCAGCGGUGUGCCCAGCGAGUUGCCCCAGCUGAUACCCGUGUUCCCCGGCGGGACCCCGCUGCUGCCGCCCGUGGUGGGUGGCUCUAUCCCUGUCUCCAGCCCACUGCCCCCUGCCUCUUUUGGCCUCGUCAUGGACCCCUCCAAGAAGCUGGCUGCUUCUGUGCUGGAUGCCCUCGACCCCCCAGGCUCCGCCCUGGACUCCCUGGACCUGCUGCCGUACUCCGAGACCCGACUGGACGCCCUGGACAGCUUCGGGCCAACCCGGGGCUCCCUGGACAAGCCCAGCUCCUUCAUGGAAGAUGCCAACUCACAGGACCAUCGUCCCCUAAGCAGUACUCAGAAACCAGCCCCCUCGCCAGAGCCCUCCAUGCCCAAUACCGCCUUGCUCAUCAAGAAUCCCUUGGCUGCCACCCAUGAGUUCAAGCAGGCCUGCCAGCUCUGCUACCCCAAAACAGGCCCCAGAGCGGGUGACUACACCUACCGAGAGGGCCUUGAGCACAAAUGCAAGCGUGACAUCCUGCUCGGCCGGCUCCGCAGCUCGGAGGACCAGACCUGGAAGCGGAUCCGGCCCCGGCCCACCAAGACCAGCUUCGUGGGCUCUUACUACCUGUGCAAAGACAUGAUUAACAAGCAGGACUGUAAGUACGGGGAUAACUGCACCUUCGCCUACCAUCAGGAGGAGAUCGACGUGUGGACGGAGGAGCGGAAGGGCACCCUCAACCGUGACCUGCUCUUUGACCCGCUGGGGGGCGUCAAGCGCGGCAGCCUCACCAUCGCCAAGCUCCUUAAGGAGCACCAGGGCAUCUUCACUUUCCUCUGUGAGAUCUGCUUUGACAGUAAGCCCCGGAUCAUCAGCAAAGGCACCAAGGACUCUCCGUCUGUUUGCUCCAAUCUGGCUGCCAAGCACAGCUUCUACAACAACAAGUGCCUGGUGCACAUCGUCCGCUCCGCCUCCCUCAAGUACUCCAAGAUCCGCCAGUUCCAGGAGCACUUCCAGUUUGACGUGUGCCGCCACGAGGUGCGCUACGGCUGCCUGCGGGAGGACAGCUGCCACUUCGCCCACAGCUUCAUCGAGCUCAGAGUCUGGCUGCUGCAGCAGUACUCAGGCAUGACCCACGAAGACAUUGUCCAGGAAUCCAAGAAAUACUGGCAGCAGAUGGAGGCUCAUGCGGGAAAGGCCAGCAGCAGCUUGGGCGCCUCACGGGCACAUGGGCCCAGCACCUUUGACCUGCAGAUGAAGUUUGUGUGCGGCCAGUGCUGGAGGAAUGGGCAGGUGGUGGAGCCUGACAAAGACCUCAAGUACUGCAGCGCCAAGGCCCGGCACUGCUGGACCAAGGAGCGGCGGGUCCUUCUGGUGAUGUCUAAGGCCAAGAGGAAAUGGGUGUCGGUGAGGCCACUGCCAUCCAUUCGCAACUUCCCACAGCAAUAUGAUCUCUGCAUCCACGCGCAGAACGGCCGCAAGUGCCAGUACGUGGGGAACUGCUCCUUCGCGCACAGCCCGGAGGAGAGGGACAUGUGGACGUUCAUGAAGGAGAACAAGAUCCUGGACAUGCAGCAGACCUACGACAUGUGGCUGAAGAAACACAACCCAGGGAAGCCAGGGGAAGGGACCCCAAUCAGUUCCCGGGAAGGGGAGAAGCAGAUCCAGAUGCCCACGGAUUACGCCGACAUCAUGAUGGGCUACCACUGCUGGCUCUGCGGCAAGAACAGCAACAGCAAGAAGCAGUGGCAGCAGCACAUCCAGUCCGAGAAGCACAAGGAGAAAGUCUUUACGUCCGACAGCGAUGCCAGCGGCUGGGCCUAUCGCUUCCCCAUGGGCGAGUUCCGGCUCUGCGACAGGCUCCAGAAGGGCAAGGCCUGCCCAGACGGGGACAAGUGCCGCUGCGCUCACGGGCAGGAGGAGCUCAACGAGUGGCUGGACAGGCGCGAAGUGCUGAAGCAGAAGCUGGCCAAGGCCCGCAAGGACAUGCUGCUGUGCCCACGGGACGACGACUUUGGCAAAUACAACUUCCUGCUGCAAGAGGAUGGCGACGCUGCCGGUGCUGCCCCGGAAGCCCCCACUGCUGCCCCUGCCACCGUCGCCGGGGAGUAGCGCCAGGUCUUGGUCCUGAGUCAAGUCCUAGGGUCAGGGCUGGGGGGUGGGGACAGAGGGCCUAGUAGAAGGGCCAGGGCAGGCCAGGACUGGGGGCGGAGGGCCACCCUCACCAGGCAGCCCCCAGCCCUCGGGGCCGCCCAUCCCGUCUGCCCCCACCUCCCCAGUGUGCAAGCCCAGGUGCACGUGCUGCAGCCACAAGCCGUCCCAGGGUCCUCAUCCCGCCGAAACCCUGGGCAGGCCCUCCCCCACCCCCGGCGCUCCUGGUUGGGGAAGGAGGGGCCCGGCUGACCCCUCCAGCUUCAACUACAGCUUUAACUUCAGUCUGCUCCUAAAGGGGGCCCAAAGCUCAGGGUUGGGGAGCCUGGGGUCCCCACUUGAAUCUGCAGCAGGAGGGUCCUCCCUGCCCCGCCCUUACCCCACCUCCACCUCCCUGGGGGCAGAUCAGGACACAACAGAGAACUGGAGGCCCCAAUUAGCUUUAAAAUGCAACUCCAGAAUGGAGCUGGGGACACUGUACUGGUCACUUACCUUCUGGGGCCUCAGUUUCCCCUCUGGUUAGAAGAGCGGGAGGGGCUGGGCUGGAUGACCGCUGGAGUCUGGCUCUCUAGUGAGGCCACCAGCCCAGCCCCUCUCCCUCUUGGGCCACUGAAUAUAGAUUGUAGAUCCUCAGAGCCUUCAGAAAUGACCCAGCCCAAACGUCCAUUUUGCAGAUGGGAAAACUGAGGCCUAGAAGGGAAGAGUGACCUGUCCAGGGUCUUCAGCUCAUGGCCUGAGGCGGAGCUGGGGUGCAGACUCGUGAUCAGGAGACUGAGAGCCACUCAUCAGCUGGAGCCUCCAGGCUCUGAGCAGGAAUAUGCCAGUCUGAAUACAGCUGGGGUCCCAGGCAGUGCCACCCAGGGACUAGGGAAGGGAGGCUCAGCACCCAUGGAGGGACAGUCCCCUCCUGAGGAUGGUUGUGGGGAGUGUAGCAGCAAAGGUUACUUCCCCAUGCCGCUCAGGGACAGGUGAUAAGGAAAGGUGGUAAUGGACAGGGCACCCAUGGGCUUGGGUUCUGCAUGAGGUACUAGGGGGAGAGGGAUGCAGAGAGAACACAUGACCCUGGGCACCAUGGGCCAGUGCAGGAUCAGACGCACAUCCCUCUUUUUGGGGGACCCAGCAUGGUCUUCCCCUUUUUCCCUAGACCUGGACAUACAAUUAUGACCAUCUGUCCUGGCCCCUCCCUGCUCCCCAGCCCUAACAGCUGCCUAGGACCCCAGCUGAUCCCCAGCUCCUGUCCCCACCCACCAGUCCCCCCUGUCCCUGUUCCCCUUGUCUGAUAUCCGUGUGCACCCCGUCCUCUCCACCCCACCCACUGUGGGCAGACCCAGCCUUCCCUGGUUCCCUAGACAUUCCAGAAUGCCCCACACCAUUGGCACAAGAAGUGGGGCCCCCCGGAAGGAACUGGGGAACAAGGCUGGAGUCAGGGGGUGAGAUGGAGAGCAUAAAUACCCCUUAUUUCUCCUCAAGCAAGGAUUGAUAGUGUGCGAUAUGACGAUGGGCACCCCAGGCCGCAGAACCCUGUUCCCCCUUGGCGCCACUGCCAACCUUUUCCCCAGUAACCGUGGCAUGCAUCCCUUCCUCCCGCUGCCCCUUCCCCCGGCAGGCCAGCACUGCAGAGUUUGGGUGUUGGCGGUGUGGCUGGAGGGGAGACGAGACCACACCCAAGGUGGGGGCCGGUGGCCGUGAAAUGUCAAUGACACUUAUUUUCCCUGAUCCGUGGUGUUGCAGUCUGUCGUCACCAGCCUUGUUUUUAGUGUGUAUAUAUGUCGCCCCCGUGAUGCAUAUAUACACAGGUAUUAAAUAUAUCGCUCUAUAUAAUAUUAUAUAUGUGUGUGGUAUCCAACGAAUCGCUUCUAAUGAGGGCUAAAGAUAAAGAAUUUGGCCAGAAAAUGCAGCCAUCCUGGUGUAAUUAGGAGGGAUUUUCAGGGUCAUCAAGGCAUUUCCGAGGAUUCCGGGACUGGAGCCAUGGUCAGGUGAUUGGGGCAGAAGUGGCCCUGCCUGAGCCCAGCUCUGCCUGGGGGCUAGCUUCCAGACGACCCAGCCUAGUGGGGAGAGAGCAAGAGUGCUCAAAGAAGAAGAAAUGAUUGAUGUUUGUCUCCCACCAAGGGAAGAGGAUUAAAGUCCAGAGUUUUCUUCAGCCCAUUAUCUCUCCAGGGGCCCUUGACAUCUGGGCCUUCCUGGCCUGGCCAGAGCUGGGCCCCCGAGCAAGAGGCAGGGAGGGGUCGUGGGGAACAGGCAACAGGAGUACACUUUGAAUGAUGAGGAUAAUUAUUUCAGUCGUGACCCUGACUGGGAGGCUCAGAGAGUGGAAUCGGGCCUGUGCCCACCGCCAUCAGGCAGGGAUGAGACAUCAUGGGGAACAUGGUGUCCCUGGUGUGAGUGCCCCUUUGCGGUGGGCAAAGAGGGAUGCUGCAUUUCUCAGCUGGGCAGUAAUCAAUUUAAGGGUCCUUUUAAAAUGUCUGUGUAUUAAAAAUUUAAGAAUACCACACUUUAAUAUUAAAUAUUCAUAAGGUCUAGUAUCUCGAUAAUAAUGUAGAUGUUUUAAUAACAAUUUUUGUCCUUCUUAAAAUAAAAUGAAAGAAACUUGCUUCUUUUAGCCUUUGUUCUAGAAAAUAAACGUGUGCAUUUUGA